CAAAUGCAUUGGGCAUGCGCACAUCCUGAGCGGGCGGUAAACUUUACUCUUCAAGAAAGUCACGAACAUUCAGACCUUCGCAGCAACUUUGAGGUUAACUUUACCAACUCCAUUCUCAAGAUUGAGCACUAGCCCCUACAGCUGCAAUGGAACAUCUUUUGUGUUGGCUGAGAAUCAGACCCAGGUGUCCUGCAUGGCAGGAAAAUUCUACCACUGUACUAGUAAUGCGCCCAUAACAAGCCCAAGGCUGUACAUUUCCAAGCAGGUCUUCUUUCAGACCUGACGUUCAUUAAAUAAAUGGCUAGAAAGGACCUGUAAUAAACCAGCAACCUCAGGAAACCAUUUACCACCUGCUUCAACCGCCUGUGUGAUCUUCUUGAGCUCUUCGCUUAAGGUUGGUGCAUGCAGUGUAGUCUUUUCUAUCCUUUAUGAUUGUUGCUUGUCAGGAAUGUACAUGUCGAACGUAAUGUUAGUAUGACAGUGUCUUCCAAAUGCACUUCCAAAUGUCUUUUAUGUCAGACUGUGCUUGUGUUUGAUCAUGCGAUCAGUUGGGUCAUGUUUUGACAUGUUGACACGCAUAUCAAAGAAUUCAAGUGAUUGAAAUCCAUCAUGGCUGGACGAAAGAGGGAAUUUGUGGACUGCUCAUUUUUCAAAGUGAACUUGAGGUAAAUUGUAAUUAUAAAAUUCAGGGGAAACCUACCAAGGUAUUGUACUAACUUCUGUUUUUCUAUCUCUCACACAGAGUACGUCAUUAAUUGCAUUUAAACCAAUUCUUAAUUAGACGACUGUUGUAGGAGCAGCCACACAGCGGGAUUGUGACGCAUCAUUUCUGACACUGUCAGAAGUUCGUUGGAGGCUAAAAUUCAUCACAAGGGCAAUUAAUUGUUCGCCGGUUAAAGGAGAAGUUCACCUGCAGAAUAAAAAUAUCCUGGUAAUUUACUCUGGUGGACAGCACCAUUAAAGUCUAUUAUAUGGAGUAAAUUGGUGGUAUGUGGAAAAGUGGAGUUGCACUGACUUGCAUGCGCUUUAGAUCAAAAUACCUCCUGAACAAACAAAUACUGUAAAUGUAAUAUUACAGUAGCCAGCUGUUCCUGGAAUGCCUGGAUCAUCAACAAAUGAUCAUCAGCUUUCAUACGAGUUAGCGUUUAUUUAAUGAACGAGACAAUUAUGUGCACGCCUGUAGCGUGUUCUCAUAAUCCGAGGGAGCAAUGGAAGAAUUACUGUGUUUACCACACAUAAAUAAACAAUGACAUAAUUACAUAACGAUGCCAGGAAGAUGCGUCGAGGGCGGUUUUGAGAGACAGAGAAAGAGCGAAGCGGAAAAAUCCUUUUGCUUGCACUCAGCAGGUGUCCCUUUCGAUUAACUGACGCUUAGAAUGCAUCCUGUCAUAUUUACUGGACCAUCACGCAGACGGAGAAAACAGACUAUCUCUUCUUCGUCUUCCUUCUUGCCUUGUGCCUUAUCUAACCACCACGUCUAAACCCUGCCAUCGAGUCCUACUGCUCAACAAGUGGAAAAUCAAAUCAUAUUUCAAAAGAGCGCACAAUAAAACACACUUAAAGGACUUGGCGUUGGGUUUCCCCAAAUACCCUUCUAUCUCUCUUAUUCUCUCUCGCUCUCCCACUGUUUCUUCAUUUGCAGAAAGCCUCCUCCCACUUGUCCUUUUUGAGUCAUACAAAGAAACCCACUAGAAGGGCAUUCUCUCUCUGUCUCUCUCAAUCCUACUUCCUUUCUCCACGCCCAAACACUUCUCUCUACUCACCUGCUGAAACAGUCAGUGCUCCCUCUCUCUCUCUCUUUCCUUCAAGCAAGAAAGGCAUACACACACACGCUCAUCUGAGAUCCCUGGUGGUCUCAUUUCCCCUCUCAUCUCCGUGAGCACCUGACGUUGAGGGAGCUCGUUCCCUCUCACUUCCAGAGGUCAAUAUUCCGGCUUGCGGCGAGAGCUCCGCGCUGGCGGCCCAGCCGCUUUCCCGCUUCAGCCUGGGACGGAAGACCCUGCUAGGGGCUGGCGUGGCCGUCAUGCUGCUCUUGGUGCUGGUGGUCCUCAUUCCUGUUCUGGUUCAUCUGGCAGGCAGCACUGAAAACGGAGGUCAGUACGAGAUGCUGGGCACUUGCCGAAUGGUCUGCGACCCAUUCCUGGAAAAAACUGGCACUACGGCCGGUAUUGGCACAGGCACUGCUAUCACCAAUACUCAGUUGGAAGCUGAAGCGCUGACUGAUCAUAGCAUGGGACCUCCGUUGCCAACCUACGCCCAUGGACCGCAGGGCAAACCCGGCCGGCAAGGAAAACCAGGGCUACCAGGACCUCCGGGACCUCCAGGACCCCCUGGACCACCUGGAGAGCCAGGUCCUCCAGGACCAAUAGGGCCACCGGGAAAUAAAAACCACACAGAACGACCGGAGAUCUUUGCUCUGGGUGGAAGGACGGCUACCGGAAUGGGGACGGCCGUCUAUACCAUGGGACCCCGCGUGGCCUUUUACGCAGGUCUGCGAAACCCACAGGAGGGCUAUGAGGUUCUGAGGUUUGACGAUAUAGUUACGAACAUUGGAAAUAACUACGAUGGAGCGACUGGGAAAUUUGUGUGCAAGGUUCCAGGGACGUACUUCUUCACGUACAACGUCCUCAUGAGAGGAGGGGAUGGAACAAGUAUGUGGGCGGAUCUCCUGAAAAACGGACAGGUGAGAGCCAGUGCCAUCGCUCAGGAUCAGGAUCAGAGUUACGACUAUGCCUCAAACACCGUCAUCCUGCAUCUCGACCCCGGGGACGAGAUCUUCAUCAAGCUAGACGGCGGGAAAGCGCAUGGCGGGAACAGCAACAAGUACAGCACUUUCGCUGGCUUCAUUCUGUACAGUGACUAGGGGUCAAAAGGUCAUCAAGUUCUAGCUCAGUCUGUAGGGUGUUUUCACCUGAAAUUCAACAGCUAUACACUCAUAACUGAGUCACAAAACAUUGGAUAAUUUGUUUAAAGGGUCAAAUGAUUCAUUAUGCUCCUUGAAGGGAAAGGCCCUGUAUGUUUUGUUUGUAGUAGACACAUGGUUUUAAAGCCUGGAUCCAACAAGAACACAACUGGAAGUGGUUUACCUUUCAACAGACACACAUCAACCAGAACGAGAGAGCCAGGCUUCAGGGUUUCAAGCCCAGUCAAGUGAGUGUUGAUAUUUCAUUAUGACAUUGUCUUUGUACUGUAUGUAUGAUCAAUCUGUGAAUCUGCGCUGAUGUUAAUCAAUGUCUCUGACAUAAUGUGAAGUGAAUGACCUUCAAUGAAACCCUAAAUCUUAAUGAGUGUAUGCACCUGGUUUUGACUGCUGUAAAUUACACCUCGUCCCUGAGAGUCUGUUGUAAAUCAUAGUAGUGCAUCUGUUUGUGAUUGCUGUGUGGAUGUGGAAGUGCUAACACAAAUAAAGCUAAGCUUUUAUUUCAGCGUAUAGCUAAAGCUAAACCCGUUCAUUGCUGUUUUUACCAAUGAAUUAUGAAGUAUGUGGCUGAUAUUACCAUUAAAAUUAAUCUUAGCCCACUAAGUUACCACUUAAUGAUGGACGGAGAUCUAUAAUGCAUUGUAACUGUAACAGUGAUGCUGGUUUAUGAUGAUGACGACCACUAUCUGAAAUGAUGUCCUGUAUAUAUCACACUAGUCAUGACCUGUAAAAUGUAUCUAGGUAUCUAAAUGUAACAGCUUAUAGAUUUUUGCUUUUGCUAAUA